AUGGUGGUGGCCAUGCGGGCGGGGCGACUGAAACCAGCAGGGAAGAGGAAGCUGUGGGUGGACUGCAGUGUCAAGCGCUACACGCCUGCAGUGGAGGAGGCAGUUAUUGGCAUCGUGAUUGAUAAACACAUGGAGAACCUGGACGUGGAUAUCAAGGGUCCCGGCCUCGCCAUCCUGCCAGCACUCGCAUUUGAAGGCGCCACCAGACGAAACCGACCCAACCUGCAGAUUGGGCAGGCUGUGUACACGAGAGUGGUCAAGACCCACAGGGAUGCCGACCCUGAGCUGUCGUGUGUGGACGCGAGUGGCAAGGCAGCAGAGUUCGGACCACUAGUGGGUGGUCACCUCUUUGACUGCUCCACUGCUCUUGCCCGCCUCCUCUUGGCAACACCAACAGCCCCGGUGUUGAAGGCACUUGAUGCUGCUGGUUUGGCCUUUGAAAUUGCUGUGGGCCUCAAUGGAAGAGUAUGGGUGAAGGGGGACACAAUAAAGAACACCAUCCUUGUUGCAAAUGCAGCUCGAAACUCUGAAUUUCUCUCUGCUGUGCAGCAGCGAGCAAUGAGCGUGACACGAGUUAUACUUCAAACAGUCAUGGUGACGGCAGCAGCGGCUGGACCUGCGUCACCAGCAUCAUUACCAUCAGCAUCACCCGUAUCAACAUCACCUUCACUUCCCACCUCAGCAGCUUCCGCAUUACCAUCUACAUCUACACCGCCAUCCUCGUUACCAGCAGCAUCAUUAUCCGCUACGGAAUCCAACGGUCAAGAGCAAUCAGCUCCAGACUCGUGGGAGUCGGACGAUCUGGACGAGCGGUUGAAGCAACUGCAGAUUGUCAAACCCGUGACUGUAACGAACGGCGCUACUGGCGAGAACAACAGCUCCAGUGACAGCUUCAAUGGCACCGGCGACGAGCAGCAGCAGCAUCAAGCGAGGGAGAGCAACCAGCUGUCGAGCCAGCAACCCGGGCUUGCGACGACGAAUCAGUCGGCGGGUCAGCCGCAAGCGAUCGACAAGCGCUUGGAGCUCGUCGACAGCUUUCUCAGGGAGGCUCUUUCGAACCCUCGCGACCGACUCACGAGUACGUUCGCCGUUGCAUAUGUCACUUCUUUUAUAGUCCCUUGUUGCCUUUUAGAUAUGCGCGUCUGCACUUGUUGUUGUCUUAUCAAGCGUUUGUUCGCUUCUAUCAUCAAUGCUCUCGGCGGAGACGGUGCUCUGCAUGUUCUCCGCAUGGAGCAGGACGUGGAGCGGUUUAUCCGGAAUCCUAGCCUGAAGGUCAUGGAGUUCCAGCCAAUGGCGUCAUCGUACCACCGCGCCGCCGCGCACCGCGUCGCGCAGCACUACUCGCUACAGACAUCCGCCGCUGAAACCGUCACGCCAAGCGGUGGCGAAUGCACCGUCGUUGUCGCGCGAAAGAUUGGCGAGCUUCGCCCGCCGCCCGUUCGCCUCGUCGACCUCCCUCUCGGCCUGACCAGCGGCGGCGGUAGCGGCGGCGCUGCCGGCGCCGGCGAGGUGAAUGGCGGCGGGGCGGGCGCGGAAGCUGCGCCAGGCCCCGGGGGGUUUAAGCUGGCAAUAAGGCGGAGGCCGAGCGGGGGAAGAGGAGGGGCUGCGGGGGAUGGCGCAGAAGGGGGAAUGGGCGGAAGUUCCGCGGACGGGCAGGCGGAUGGCGCAGGAGCGAUUCGAUCUGUAGAGGAGCGGAAGGAGAUGUACAACCGGGCACGAGCAAGAAUUUUCAACACUGCCCAAGUGGAUGCUGUGGACAGCGAGGAGAGCGCGGGCAGCGCGGAAGGGGCAGGCGGAAAGGGCGAAGCGGGGGGAAAGCAGGAGAAGGAGGGGAAGGCAGGGGGAAAGGCAGGUGUGGAGUCAGGCGGAAAGACAGGGGCGAAGGCAGGCGCGGAAGCAGGGGGAAAGGGAAGCGGGAAGGGAAAGGGCGGGGGCGCGGGAAGUGGGGGGGAGGAAAAGGCUGGCGCGGAUAAGCAAGGGCUAACCAAGAGCUCGUCUGGCGGGCGGAAAGGGAGGAGCGUGGCGAUUCUGCGAGACAGGGAGAAGGAGAAGCAGGACCCUGACUACCAGCGCGGUUAUGAUCGGUUCUCACAGAGGUUCGACCCAGGCUUUGGCGCCCAGGCACCUAAUCCGUACGGCAUGCAGCCCAUAUACGCCCCCGUCGUUACUUAUGCUUCUGAGUUCCCGUCUCUCUCGCCCUCUGCCCCGGCGAAUAGUCCUGCUGCUGGCAGCCGAACCGGGCGUGGAGGCCCGGGUGGUGCGGGACCUGCCAGGCCUGGAGGUCCGGCGCCAGGUCCGGCACCAAACGCGGCCGUCCCCGGCCCGGGGCAAUCUCCAGGCUCGGUAGGCGCUGGUUCGGCAGGGUUGAUCCAGCCAGGGUUUCCAGGGGCGGGGUUUCCGCCGGGCAGUUUCCCCCCAGGCAAUUUCCCCCCUGGCAGUAUACCCCCGGGUGGUUUACCCAUGCAAUUUCAGCAGAUCCCCACUCUUGGCCCUCCCCAUCCGCUGAACGUGUGGCGAGCACAUGCUGCUGUGGGAAUGAUGGCCAUGCAUGGCCGGGGGGUCAUGCCAAUGCCCGGACCUGUUCCCGGACCUGUUCCCGGACCUCUUCCAGGAGCUGUUUCCGGAUCUGCCCUUGGUCCGGUUCCAUACGGACUGGUCCAACCUCCCAGUUCGAUGCCAGGUUCGGUAGGCUCUCCUGGAGGGGUAGGCAUGGGAAUGACUGGUUCGGCAGCAGCAGCAGCGGGAGCUGGAGCUUUAGCGGGAGGUUCGGGAUUGGUUGGGGCAGCAGGAAGGGGGGUAGGUCAAGGCUUUCCACCGAACCUUCAGAGGGAUGGCAUCAUGGGUCCAGGAGCAAUUUCUGUUCCUGGUGUUGGUGGUUCGGUGAGACCAGGUCCGGGAGCAGGCUCGGGCCCAGCUUUUUCGCCAGGCAUGGUCCCAGGCCCAAACCCAGGCAUGGUUGUGAGCCGAGGAUGCGUCGAGGAUUUCGCGGGGCCGCCCAUUCCCACCGGCACCGCCGCCGCGAAUGGCGCCGCAACAGACGCCGCGAGUUACGGAGGCGCACCAAAGCGGCAAGAGGUGCUGCUGCCGGAGCAAGCGGCGCUGAUUCGCGAGUCGUACGCGCGCAUCGAGAAGGACCGGAAGCAGCACGCGCUCAUCAUGUACCUCACCAUAUUCGACAUCUGCCCCGAAGCCAAGCCGCUAUUCUCCAUGGUGCGCGAAUCGAGCGAACCCGCGCCCGUGAACCCGCGCCUGGAGGCGCACGCCACGCUCGCAUUCACCAUGAUGUGCGAGGCCUUCAGUAACUGGGACGAUCCGGAGCGAGUGGCCAAGCAAACGCCAUUCUUUAAGGCAUUAGGUGGGAGACACCUCAACUACGGCAUCGAUGGGGACGACUUUCCUAUUUUCCGCACUGGCUUCAUGAAGGCACUGCAGAGGGCGUUUGGGGAGGAGUGGUUUGGAGACCUGGAGGUUGCAUGGUGUGCCGCGUUUGACAUUCUAGAGGACAUGGCUUCGAGCGGCAUGGCUGAAAAGGGCGGGCAGAAGGUGGUCCCGCCUGCUGCUCUGGAGAUGUUAGAGAAAAUGCGGCAGCAGCAGUAG